UUGAUAAGGAGACAGUUGAUAAGGAGACAGUUGAUAAGGAGACAGUUGAUAAGGAGACAGAUAAGGAAGAGACAGGUUUGAAGGAGAUAGAUAAGGAGACAGUUGAUAAGGAGACAGCUGAUAAGGAGACAGUUGAUAAGGAGACAGUUGAUAAGGAGACAGUUGAUAAGGAGACAGUUGAUAAGGAGACAGUUGAUAAGGAGACAGAUAAGGAAGAGACAGGUUUGAAGGAGAUAGAUAAGGAGACAGUUGAUAAGGAGACAGAUUAA